CGUGCCGCUCAGUAAUGAAUUAAUAUUUUAAUUCAAUGGGCCUCUUUCUGAUAUAGCAUAAAGAAAAACAAAGGUUUGGUUUUUCAUUGGCCUGUCUAUGGUAUUUUGGUCGGAUUCGGCUGCUGGACUUCUGUAAGGCAAAUUAUAUGCUUCAGUCAGAGUUAGUACUUUUGUUUGAUGUUGAGUUUGACAAAAAUGUGGGUUUGCCAUUGAACAGCUUGAACAGCUUGAACUCAGAAUUUGGCUUCUUUUUUGGGGUGGUGGGAGGGCUUCAUAAUUAAAAUUUUGUAAAGACUUGAAUCCCUGCUGAAAGGAGUGUUAAUUAGUGAUACUUCCCAUAACCGUUGAAUACCCGAAUGUAUUGUGCAACCAUGGUUAUAUAAGUUGUUUUUCACUCACUUGUUUUUCGCAUCACUUGUUUUACUGGUCAAGACGUCUGGACCGUUUCACUAUCUUGUUCACAUGCAAACCAAAGACGAACGUUGUUGUGGGAUGUCUUGACAGUUAUGGCUGCGUAAGAUGUUUCUCAGAGCCUGAAGGACACACUUAGGUGACAAUAGUAAAUCAGGAAACAAUUGUUGCGGCGCCAGGUGGGACGGGUAGGCCACCCGUCCUUUCUCUCGCAUGCAACUGAAAAGUAUAAUAGAGAAAUGCAGAGUACAAACAGGUAGAGUCUGCGGAGGGUUUCGUACGGACGCCCAGCUGGUUGACAAGCGGACCUCUACCUGGGUGUUAGGCUCUCCACCUUCUCGGCAUAGGACGCGAAAGUGUAUUUUGGCCAUGAAGAGCUUGGCGGCGUUCCACUCGCAACUGGCGACCAUCAUGGAGGCUCUGACCCGGGCCGCUGUGGCUGAAAUCUGCGAGCUGGUAGACGACAGCUACGCCGUCUUCCACAUGGAGAUCUGCCGCAGCCGCAAAGAGAACGACGAGCUCCGCCGGAAGUUGGAGCUCAUCGAGACAAUCGUCGCUCGCCGAGACGGCGGCGGCCGAGAGGCGCCUGACGACGUGCACGUCCUGUCAUCAGACGUGUUUCACCGGUCGCCAAAGGGCUGUAACGGGCGUCGAGGAGAACCCAGUUUGUCAUCGAUGCCAACAGCAGAAGCCACGCCACUGGCUGCAGAGGAUGCUUUGAGCACAGAAGAUGCAGGUAGCGGAGAGGACGUGUUUGUAGUCAAACAGGAAGACGUGAGCGGCAAGGACGAUGCCGGCGACGAGCUGCUACUGGAAGAUGACGGAGCGGAAGUGGUGCCCUCACAGACCAAGCAUGAAGACGGGCCUUCUGAAAUAGUCGCUACAAGCUCGUCUGCUGACCCCAGUCCUUGGGAAAAAAAACUCAAUGUGCCACUUCACGGUUCACACAGCUUUCCGGGCUCUCCCGGUCCCACGGGUAGCACCGGUGAUACCUCGUCAGAUCUAGUCUACGAAAUGGCAUCAGAAUCAGACGGUGAAAUCUCAUCCACGAGGAAAAGUUCAGCCUUCAUUUUGGGAAGUCAGAGCCCGACCAUCGCUUUACAGGGCUCCCGACCCGGGGGCGCCGAGAUGGACUUCUGCUCUUCGUGGACCAGUCAGGGGCUGCCCACUAUCCUGGCCGUGCCCCACCGACCCCCGUCCGACUUGAACGCCGCCUUCCCGUUGGCUCUGGGCUCGGCAGGGCCCCAAUCCGACACUCAAGACCAGAACCGCUUGUCCAGGGACCGUCGUUUUGUGUGCAACUACUGCAGCAAAUGGUUCUCUACGGCGCGCAGCCUGGAGACACACGUGCGCAUACACACGGGCGAGAGGCCAUACGGCUGCAGUCAGUGCGGAAAACGCUUCACGCAGUCGGGCCACCUGAAGACCCACCAGAGUGUCCACACAGGGGAGCGACCGUUUGCUUGCCACCACUGCGGCAAGAGGUUUGCCGGUAAGCAGAACCUCAGGAUUCACCUGCAGAAGCACCACCCGGGACCACCUGAUGACCCCCCGCCACAACAGGAAGGGUGAGCCCGCUUGUUGCGGGGA